GGCCUGCGAACAGGAUGGGACUAGACUGAAGAUGAUCCUACAGAGCGUGGAUGGUUGGUUUAGACCUUCCAUUGGCCUGGUCAUGGCAAAUUGUGAUGGUGUUUUUAAUAUAAAGUUGAAGAAAUUAGCAAUAGGUGUGGUUAUUAGGGAUCAUAAAGAGAGGAAUGAGGCAAUAGUGGUAAGUGAUUCUCAUGUUCUGAUCUCAUUGUGUACUGGUGAAAAAGCUCCACCUUGGGAGAUUGCAGCUUUGGUGGAUGAUAUCAAACUGAUUUCUCACAGUCUUAGACUCAGGAGAUGGGUGUUGGGUGAGGAGGGUGGGUAUGGCAUUUUCAACACGCAUAAUGGACACGAAGCUGUGUGUUUGGAUAUUGUUUACCCAACCGACGCUAAUUUAGAUUGA